AACAUGUAUACUUAACAAUCUUGUCGAAUUAUUUAGAAAAUUUCUACAUUUAAUUUAAUUAUGAUCUAAGUAAAAAUGUUCGGAAAAAUUUUCGAUAAUCUACCAUUUCGAACCAUUGAUCUAUUAUAUUUUCGAUGUGUUCAUUUUUCAAAUCAUAUAAUAUUAACUGAGACAUGAUUAAAACUGUAAAUUUUUGGAAUAAAAAAAUGGAAGAAGAUCAACAAACAUCGUCACCAUCUUGGGAACCGACUGGUGAUCGUUUAGCCCCCAUUGGGGAAUCAUCUUCAGACGAAUCGUCUCAAGAUGAAUUUAGUAUAAAUCCAACAUUAUUACAACCAAAUCGUAACGAUUUACUAACGAAAUAUUUAACAAAAUACAAAGACCGAUCGUUAAAAUUUAGUGAUCGUAUGUGUCUAGUCUCAUCUUAUAUACAGGGUGCCAAUAAUAAAAAUCCAACUGUAAAUUUAUACACUCAAUUACCAAGUCAUGAUUAUCAUAUGACGUCAUCGAUAAACACACCAACAAGUGUUGAUGGGGAUGGAAGUGGACCAGGAGGAGGACAUCGACAGUUAUCGAUACAAGAGGUGACAACGCGUCCAGUGAAUGGAACAGCGGAUGGAGAGGAAACUGAAGGUGCAAUCGCAUUUUUGGUACAAUUUAUGAUACCAUUCUUAAUGGCUGGCAUUGGCCAAUUAAUGGCUGGUUUAAUUCUGGAUAAAAUACAACAUUGGACCGCCAUACAAUAUAUACCAAAUAUUUAUAUUUUAAUACCAGCCCUGUUGGGCUUGAAGGGCAAUUGUGAGAUGUGUUUAGCAGCGCGCUUGUCCACGCAAGCGAAUGUACAUAGUCAUGAAUCAACGCACAAGUUUUUUAGUUUUGUUCUUUCAAAUUUAGGAAUUGUUCAGGUACAUAGUAUAUGUAUUGGAUUUUUGGCAGCGACUGGUGCAAAUACUUUGGGAUGGAUUCCCCAAGGAAUAUUUAAUAUAAAUAAUGCCUUACUGUUGACUGCCAGUUGUUUGUUCACCGCCUCGAUGACCAGUCUUGUACUUGGAUCGGUCAUGAUUUGUGUAUUUUUCCUGUCAAAACUAUGUCACAUCAAUCCGGAUAAUAUAGCGACCCCAAUCGCUGCUAGUUUAGGUGAUUUAACAACCGUAUUUAUAUUGGCAAAUACGACUGCAUUGUUGGUUGAUCUUCAAAAGGACUUUAAAUGGAUCUCAUUGAUUGUGAUUGCGCUAUGUUUUUUUAUCGUACCGUUUUGGUGGAAAUUAGCUCAUCGUAAUGUAAUGGCGAGGGAAUCCCUAUUAACCGGAUGGCAACCUGUGGUUAUAGCAAUGAUUAUCAGUAGUGUGGGUGGAUUAAUUAUGGAAUAUUCAAUAAUAAAUUUUCGUGGAAUUGCUGUAUAUCAAUUGAUUGUAAAUGGUGUCGCAGGUAAUUUAGUUGCUGUUCAAGCCAGUAAAUUAUCAACGUACUUACAUAAAAAUUACACGCUUGGUGAACAUGUUCCUUUCUCCUAUAGUAUUCGAAAAGUUUUUUUUGGAUCAGAUGCGAAUUCACAUACAGCUCGAAUAUUAUUAGCGAUGACAAUUCCAGGCCAUUUAAUAUUUAAUUACGCUGUUGCAUCGUUAAAUGCUGGUCAUACAUCAACGACGCCCAUCUUCAUGAUUAUAUAUCUGUUAACGUCUUUAAUCCAAGUAUCAAUUUUAUUGUAUAUUUGCCAUAUCAUGAUUUAUAAAAUGUGGCGGAACGAAGUCAAUCCAGACAACUCUGCAAUACCGUACUUAACUGCUAUAGCUGAUUUUUUAGGGAUGGCAUUUUUAAGUGCUGCAUUUGAAUUUUUAUACUUAAUUGGUGAUCGUGAUGACGAUAUUGGUGAUUAAAGUCAACAAGAUC